ACUAAUGUCCCUAUGGAAAAUUUGUCGAAGGAACAGUGGGGGGGGAUUUCGUAGCGCCACACACUGUCACAUAUGCGAGAAACCAUUCGCACAGGGUGACGAUAGAGUACGCGACCAUUGCCAUCUAACCGGGCAAUAUAGAGGCCCCGCGCAUUCUAAUUGUAACUUAAAUUACAAAGAUGCGUAUUUCAUUCCAAUCGUUUUUCAUAAUUUAUCCGGCUAUGACGCACAUUUCAUAAUUAAAGAAAUCGCUACAGCGUUCGAGGGCACAGUUGAUGUAUUACCGACAACGAAGGAAACAUACAUUUCCUUCACAAAAAAUGUAAAAAAUACCAUAGAAAACUCAAAGCGACAAAAUUGUAUAAAGCUGCGAUUUAUUGACUCAUACAAAUUUCUGAGUACUAGCCUCGAUAGAUUGGCAUCGUUUCUCCAUAGAUACCAAUUAAAAAUUGUACGAUCUGAAUUUUCAAAAUUAUCCAGCGACGAUUUCGAUCUAUUGACGCGUAAAGGUGUGUUUCCAUAUGAAUAUGUGGAUUGCGCGGACAAGCUGCAGGACUCGCGUCUACCUCCGCGCGAGUCAUUUUUCAGUUCUCUGACCGGUGACAUCGUAUCAGAGAGCGAUUACAUGCGCGCCGAGAAUGUCUGGAAACGAUUCUCCAUCCAAACCCUAGGCGACUACAGCGAUUUAUAUCUAAAGAUCGAUGUCUUGUUAUUGGCCGAUAUUUUUGAAAAUUUUCGCGAUAGUAGCAUCAACAGUUAUGGAUUAGAUCCCGCGUAUUAUUAUACAUUACCAGGAUUCACGUGGGUCGCCAUGCUUAAACAUACGCGUAUAAAUUUCGAACUCCUCACGGACAUUGAUAUGGUCAUGUUUGUGGAACGCGGCAUACGCGGUGGUCUCAGCCAAUGUUCCGGUAGAUAUGCUCGAGCCAAUAACAAGCACAUGCAGUCUUACGAUCCAUCGAAACCAUCCUCAUACUUGAUGUACUUUGACGUCAAUAAUUUGUAUGGUUGGGCGAUGUGUCAGCCGCUGCCUUACGUGAGUUUUCGAUGGGUCACUAACGUUACUGAUUUUAAUGUAAAUGCGAUCGCUGUGGACUCAUCGACAGGUUACAUUCUCGAGGUCGAUCUCGAAUACCCACAAAGUAUACACGACGAGCACACUGACCUACCGUUCUGUCCGACGCGCGAUAAGCCGCCAGGCAAGCGACAGGAAAAGCUACUUGCGACUGUGUAUGAUAAGAAGCGUUACGUCAUACACUACCGCAACCUGCAACAGUGCACGCGUCAUGGGCUUCGCGUGACAAAAAUACAUCGCAUAUUGGAGUUCUCGCAAUCUCCAUGGUUAUGCAAAUAUAUUGAACUCAACACACAAUUUAGAACGUUAGCCAAAAACGAUUUUGAAAAAAAUUUAUACAAAUUAAUGAACAACGCGGUAUUCGGUAAAACAAUGGAAAACGUGCGGAAUCAUGUUGACGUUAAACUUAUAAUCUCUACAAAAAUAUCUUUACUGCAAAAGU